AUGCACAGUUUUAUUAAAUGUGUACCAAUGAAAAGAAAAACAACGGACAGUCAAGAAUCAGCAAUAGAUGAAGAGCAAGGUAACAGCCCAGUGAGCCAAGCCAACAUUGAAGAGAGUAAAGAAAAUAAUAUUGACAACAGCUGCAAUGACAAUAGUGAUAACAGUGAAGACGUUUCACAUUCUGAAAAUUGGUGUUUUGAUCCAAACUAUGAAUCAGAUUCUAGUAGCUCUAGUUCGUCCUCCUCUUCUACAUCAAAUGAUAGUUCUAGCUUAACCAGUAUUGAUAGUCCAGGUUGCAAUGGUUUCUUGUCGAAUUCAAACAAUGUAAGCCAGGUAGCAGACACUCCACUUGCGGACUCCCAAGCAGUAAAUACUCCAGCAACAAGCAUUCAAGUAUCAGACGUUGAAGUUGCAGACACUCUAGAAGCAAACUUACAAGCAUCAGGACCUGAAGUACCAGACACUCAACUAGCAGACACCCAACCAGCAAACACUCAACCAGCAGACACCAAAAUUGCCAGUCCUAAAAAAACAGGAAAAAAGCGAGUAGCAGUGGCAGAAAACUGGUUAAGUAACAAAGCCAAGAAAUUACGAAACUCUGGUCAAGCAUAUACCUCAAGAUCUAAAUCACAAAAACCUAUUGUUGCCAGGAGUAUCAGACCUGCUUGUGGAGAUAAAUGCCGGCUGAAAUGCUCUAAUAAAACGGAUGAAAAUACCAGGAAAGAUAUUUUAAAAAAAUAUUGGACCUUGGAAAAUAUAAAUAGACAGAGAGAAUUCAUUCACAAAUGGAUGAAACCAGUCAAACCAGCUUACAGGUACAGCAGUGCAGAUAGGCCAAGACAACAUAAUAAUUCAUACUAUUUUCAUAUAAAUAAUAAUGAGCAAGUUCGCGUAUGCAAAUACUUUUUUAUGGCUACCUAG